AUUAUAUCAAGAUUGUAGCGGAAACUGAUCUGUUAAGGAGGAAGUUUAGUGGAAUGUCAUAGGCUCGACUGUGUUUACUCUUCGGAGUAGCUGUUGUGAGACGACGGCAUGCCGGACACCCUGAACCUGCCACUCACCCCGGAGGAGGAGGCGCGCUUCAAGAGGCGCUACUCGGACCUCAUCAAGAAGCUGGUGCACACCACGCGCUUCAGCAAGGACGAGGUGGAGUCGCUGCUGGUGAUGCACUUCAAGCUGGAGCGCGCUGGCGGUCCUCUGGGCUACGAGCGCGCGGCCGAGGUGCUCUACUCCCUCCUGGGCAUGACGGACGAGCUGCUGACGAUCCGCGUGUGUGACCUGCUGGACCGCGAGAAUGCGCGCAAGAUCACCAUGGAGUCCUGGGUGGUGGGCCUCUCCCUGCUGCUGCGAGGCUCCUUCGAGGAGCGCAUACAGCUCUGCUUCAAGGACAUGGUGCUACUGGUGAUGAACAAGAUGGACCUGGACCGCGACGGAAAGAUCUCGUUCGAGGACUUCCACGAGUCUGUGACGCAGGACCCGCUGAUGAUGCAGUGCCUGGGGCGCUGCCUACCCACACAGCGCGCCGCCUGCAAGUUCCUCAUCACGCUGAGUCCCAAGAUCUGCCGAUACUAG